UGAGGGCUCGGGUGGGCGCCCACCGCCGCCCGACGUGCCUUUGCGGGCCUCCCACUCGCCGGCUUCGUGCACCCGCAUAAAAGGCGGCAGUAGAGCCUGCACGGCGAUGGAGUGACCUGCUCGACGCCCCUGCCCGCCUCGCACUGCUCAGCCGAGCCCCGCACGGCCGCUGCGGGGAAAGGUGCGGAGGCAAGUCCGAGCACUCGCCGCGGGAACCGCAGCCGGAGCCGCUAUGGAGCGCGGCCGCCCCGCCAGCGGCCCACGCAGCGCCGAGCCCGCCCCGUCGGCCGCCGCCGCCCGCGACUCGAGCCCGGGACGGACCGGGGCCGGUCAAUCAGGCUCCGGCGGGGUGGCCGCGCGCUCCGGGGGUGGCCGGCCUGCCGCCGCGAACGCCGCUCGGGAGCGCAGCCGCGUGCAGACCCUGCGGCACGCCUUCCUGGAGCUGCAGCGCACACUGCCGUCGGUGCCGCCCGACACCAAGCUGUCCAAGCUGGACGUGCUGCUGCUGGCCACCACCUACAUCGCCCACCUCACCCGCAGCCUGCAGGACGACACCGAGGCGCCAGGGGACCCCAGUCUGGGCGCCUUGCGAGGCGACGGCUACCUGCACCCAGUUAAGAAGUGGCCCAUGCGAUCAAGAUUGUACAUCGGCGCUACUGGUCAGUUCCUGAAGCACCCUGCCUCUGAAGAAAAGGCAAAUCAUAGCAACCCUCCCACAGCCUCACGGCCGUAGGCUGUCUCCCGAGGGGUCUGCUGGAAGCGGUGGCUAUUGUUUUUAAAGACUGUGAACUAAUCCCGUAUUUAUUAUAUUGGACAUGACAAACACUGUUUCAGAAGUUUACAUUGAAACCUGUAGUUGAAGGUCAAGAUGUAUCUGUCUAAAUAAAUGUGGAAUGGGAU